AUGGAGGCCAUUUCUCGCUUUGCAUACGAUGAUGUUUCGACUCUGACGACCUUUGACCUCUGCGACGAUACAGAAACUGAGACGGAUCAGGAAGGAGUUUUGUCCAAGUUUCUGUCCAAGUUUAGGACCGCCGUUUCGAGCCCAUCUCCAUAUACCCCAGCGCACGCUUCCGCUCGAUCGUCGUUGCAAUCGGUUCCCCGACCAGACGACGACAGCGGUACUAAGGAAACAGACACGUAUCUCAAAGAAAACGAAAAUUCAGCGCUUAACAUACCUACUGCAACUCAAACCGCUCACUUGAAGCCACUGAGUACGACAAGUGAAGAAAUCGAACGUCAGGAAUUGCAUGUUAUACCGCCUACACCUCCCGAUGCUGUUAGUCUUCAUCAUCAUCACGGUCGAUCUCCGCCAACGGCGAUUAUGCCGCGGCUCUCCGAUCUCGCCACCACAUCCAACCAUAUCUUAUCACCUAUGCUUCCUCCACGUUUAUCCACUGACUCUGGGCUCCUCGGUGAACCAAUGACAAAGACAUCGUCCUGUGACAGUGACACACAAUCUGUCAUGACAACUUUCUCUGUUUCCAACUCAAAUUCUCUCAGUCGCAUUCUAAAUCGUUUACGUGGCGACAAAUCCAAUAGAGAAUACUGGAUGCCCGACGAGCACUGCCAAAUCUUCUGCUCCAAAUGCGCUUCCCAGAUCAUUCGUGGCGAACGAAUCAGUCAAACCGGGAUCCAGCUUCGUGUAUGCAAUUAUUGCUUUUCCAAAUUAGAAGCGCAAGAGCAGGAAUCCUCGCUUCAGGAAGCUUACAUCUAUUCAGCAAGCAAACCCGCAGAUACCGAGGCAAUGCUUCAAUUGCCACCCGUGUUAUUAGAUCAAAAGCCUCUAUCAGUUGUACCUCAGAUGCAGAUUCCCACCACUACUGUGAAAGGUCGUCAGAACGAGCUGUACGGCGGUGAACAUUCCACGACAUUUUCACUCGAGAUACCCACAGGCACUUUAUUACCCUAUACGAAACCCUCUUCUUCCUCGGCGUUGUCUACCAGCAUGCCUGCUACACAUAUGCCUGGAUCUCCCAUUUUACCGACUCAGGAAUCUGAUACCGGACUAAAAAAACUAUUGCUGGCGACGAAUACGUUACUCAAGAAACCUCGAUCAAGGACCAGCACAGCAAAUAAUCUCGGCAUCGAUACCAGUUUUCUGCAGCCGGAUACCAAACAGUUGGGAUCUCCCCUUCCCUUUCGUCGCAAUUCAAUUACCAUGCAUUCGCCAUGCUUAGAUAGCGCUGGAGGGACGAUUUUGCCUUCGAAUGAAUACACACUUUCGCUUUCCGAUGAUGAAGAUGAUGAUCAUGCGGGAUGGGAUAAUAAUGCUCAAAACUUAUUAAAUUUCUUGGGUGGACAUUCGGAACGGCCCAAUUCAGGCAUUUUCAGUGGGUUUUUAACAGAUGAUCUUCUUGCCAAUGGCAUCUCAUUAAAAGCUGAGAGCGGAACGAGCGAUGAAGAUGGCCAUCCGUCGCCAAAAAUUCGGUUAACGCGAACCGAUGAACUCCGAGCUCGCGAACGAUCAAAUUCAUUGCGACGGCGCUUCAGUGUUGUCAACGGUCCAAAUCGGCCCAUUCGCUUGCGAACGCAAAGCUUGAUGCGAAACGCGCCCAUCACGACGUCGUGGCUAGAUAGCACCAAGGAUCUCGGACUCUCCUCAUUGACGGAUAAUGGUACUAGUAUGCUCGUCAGUCCUGUUGCAGAUGGAUCACAUCCUUUGCGAGAUUCUCUCGAGUUUCCCAACCGUACCAGACCUCUGUCCUCUCUAAAAUCUCGCCACCGCCGCGCUUCUUCCGUUCCAUUGACCAUCGAACUGAACGCGAGCGCACUGGAACACAUGCGCAAAAUGUUACGACAUAUGCUCAGCGAGACAAAUGACGAUAUUCGAGAACAUUGCGAUGAAUGGGAACAAGUGUUGAUGAACUUGCUGCUUAAAGUCUCUGACAAUGUGCAUCCAGAUAUUCGCGACGGCGAUGAAAUCGACAUCAGACACUAUAUCAAGAUCAAAAAGAUUGCUGGUGGUCUACCAAGUGACAGUUUCUAUGUCAAAGGCGUCGUAUGUUCAAAGAAUGUGGCACAUAAAAAGAUGGUCAAGACAAUCAACAACCCUCAGAUCUUGAUCUUGCUUUUCCCACUUGAAUGGUCGCGCGGAUCAUCACGCGGAGAACAUCAAUUCCAAUCCAUCAAGCCAGUUUUAGCUCAAGAAAAGGAAUAUCUGGAGAAGCUUAUCAACCGCAUUGUGGCUCUCAAACCAAAUAUCGUCCUUUCCAGUUCCAAUGUGUCCAGAUUGGCCCUUGAUUUUCUUCUCAAAGCCAACAUUGUCGUUGUCUACAACGUUAAGCUUAGUGUGUUGGAUGCAGUAGCUCGUUGCACAGGCGCAAGUAUUGUUUCUUCCUUCCUGCAGCUUAGCAAAGAGGGUUUGAAUCUGGGUCACUGUGAAUUGUUCGAGACACAGACCAUCGUCCACGAAUGGAUCGAAAACAGACGAAAAACGUUUCUCAAGUUUGACCAGUGCCCUCCUGACUUGGGUGCCACCAUCAUCCUACGUGGUGGAAGAGUAGAAACUCUCUGUGCCGUCAAACGGAUCCUCGAUUUCAUGGUCUUUGUCGUUCACAAUCUGAAACUCGAGUCCUUUUUACUACGUGAUUUCUCCAAGAUGCGCAAUGCUUUUAUCAAGCCCAAUCUCGUCGCAGAGCCAGGAGACAUCAAGCCGGAGGAGCGAGAUGGAGCGAUUCAAGCCAAUACUGCAAAUAAGGAGGUGAAAGCGGAGACGACCGACAAGGAACAAGCGCAUAGUCGAGUACAGCAACAGGAGAAAAAGGCGGGUAAUACGACGCACGAUUCGCCUCGCCCCGAUGAUAAAAUUGACGAUGACGACCCAUGGCUUACACCGAUCAAUAACUCCAUUCAACAACACGUCACGGCUACGCUGUCUGCUUCACCUAUUGUGCAAUUUCCUGAGCCCUACCUGUUGCUUCGACUGAAAGAAACGCAGAGAAAGCUGAUCAAGAUUAUCCGCUGCAAGAAACUGAGUGAACUGCCAGCGGAUGCCCCCGUCACUUUGUCGAGCACUCCCAACUUUUUCCGCGCCUUUGAACAAGUUAUCUGCGCCGAUCCUGAAUUUGAUCAGUUAUUGGAAGAGCAUCAUCAACGCUGGCGAGCACUUGAAGCUUACAUUGGAGAUGCUCCCGAUAACCUGUCCCCCUCGUAUCAUCAGCAAUUCGUCGUCUUAUAUACUAGCGUGUGUAAAGUAACCACUGUCCCUUGCCAAGGCCCCGAAAUGCGCAUGUUCGAGUAUUAUCGCCCGGACUCUGACUUGACGCUUGGACAGUAUAUUGAGGAUAUCGCCGCCGAUGCUCAGCUUCUGUGUCCGUCCAGUAUGUGUGAGCGAACCAUGCUUCAGCACUAUCGAUCUUAUGCUCAUGGCAACGCACGCAUCAAUGUUGAAAUUGAACAGUUCGAAUGCGCACAACCUAUCCUCACAAACAGUAUUCUUACGUGGAGUUAUUGCAAAUACUGCUCAAUGCAUACAUCCCUGGUUCCCAUGUCAGAAAAUAGUUGGAAAUAUUCUUUUGGCAAGUUUCUCGAGCUCAUGUUUUACCACGUUUCCGACACGACAUGGAAGACGGAAGGCUGCUCCCAUAACAUGUUUAAGGACUAUGUGCAUUAUUUUGGUGUCAAUGGCUAUACUGCGCGGUUCCAAUAUGAAGCCAUCGAACCUUAUGAGGUGCAUGUGCCUCCUAUGCAUCUUUAUGUCAACUCUGACAGCCAACGAGCGGCCAAAGAUAGUUUGCUUGAAUCCACGCGGACCAAAAUUACCAAAUACUACGAGUCUCUCGUUGAACGGAACAAACUCUUUUCUCUUGACAUUGUUCAGCCCAGCAUGGUGGAAUCAUGCAAAGAGCAGUUGCAAGAAAUGUCGCGACGUGUUACUGGUGAAAAGAAACAGAUGCUCCAGUUUUUACAGUCAGUAUACGCUACGACGUCCAGUACAGACACCCUUAGCUUGAACCAAGUUCGUAUCAAGCUGCAGAUGAAUGUGAUGCAAUGGGAUAUAGAGUAUGCCGAAUUUGUGAAACAGUAUGUUCGUCCGGAACGGGAAUUGCGUCGCCUCACAGCAAGCCAUUUGAAGAAGAUGCUGCCUGCCGAUUCCAUUAUGCUCAGUACACCGGUUUCGAGCCUCGAUUUGCGAACCAAACGAGCAACAGAGGCGGUGGAUUUACCAUUGCUCGAUGUGGGACUGGAUGAUGGCCCUACCGAUCUGUACGGUGUUUCUGGUACUGUGACUGACGCUUCUGUUGGCGCUCCAUUAUCGCCGCUGAAACAACUACCAUUACUGGGAGAAUCGCCUACUACUGCUUCUCCUUGGCUCGAAGAAGAGGAACGCCUGAACAGUCUUCUGCAAGAGAUGCAUGAUCAGCAACUGAACGCGGCUAAAAAACGUGGCAUGGGCCCCAUUCAAGAGACGAUCGAGAAAAUUGAAGAAGAUGCAGCAUCCCAGCUACUUGACCCCAGCGUAGCUAGACGAUUAUCCUUGGAGCUCAUGAAAGACAAUCUCAAACAAAACUCCGGUUCAUGGAAAUCAGCAACAGAUACGGAAGGAACAAGCACCGAUUUGACGAGGCCUGGAAAUAAGAAAGACUUUGGAUCUACCGGCCCACGUAUGCCGCUAUUGGAUCAUCGCGCUGCUGUUCUACCGCUGUUGUCGUCUAACGCUUGCAAACGUCUGACAGAGUUAUUAAACGACACUCAAAUAUCCAAAUCCAAAAGUUCUCCGUCACCUUCAGGUAGCUUAUUAGCGUCUCGCAUCCCCGAGCCUUCCCGUACUUCCAAUCGCAAGCGUCCGACAGCCAUGAAUGAGGUAAAACCUGCACCGGUACCGGUCAAGAAGACCGCCAAUAGUCUGAAUCCUCUGAGAGGCAUGGCUCUGCCAGAAUGGACUCCUCGAAAGGAACUUCCGUUGAGCGGAUAUCGUUAUGGUUUUCGCGGAUCAAGUGAGCGAGGCAAUCUCUCUCAUCCAAGGUCACGUCCUCGACCUACCAAUACGGGAAACAAACUGCAGACCAAAGCGGAAGCAAUAGGUGAACCAGAAGCAGCCAAAUCGACCAAAACAGGCCCAGCAGCUUCUUCCGGUAGCUCGAAAAUACGAUUUUCAAAGGCUUUUCUCAACCAUGCCAAAGCGCGUGGUAUACGACAGCGGUUGCCUAGCAAAUCAUCCAUUGAAGUAUAUACUACUAUAAAUGAACUAGUACGUGACGAAUCAGAUGACGAGUUUCCGGUUCUCGAGCUUGAUGAUGCUACCGAUGUUGAGUUAGACGACGAAGACGGAGCAAAUCAACACCAAUCUUUGAAUCGAACAUUUUCUCUGACACGUACGGAUGAAUACGACGAAUCACUCGGUCGCGAAGAUAUGCCGCCACCUUACUCUCGCGAUCCUUUGGGCAUCCUUGGCACUACGUUGCCACAUUUGAGUUUUGAUCCUGAGGAUAGUCAAGCAGCGCGCACCAAGAUGGUCGAUACCGAUAAUUCAAAUAUGGUCAGUCCCAGCGCUUCGUUGUUGGAUGUGCCAAAGCAAACAACUCUAGAUAAUGCAGGUCUGGAACUAACGUCUAGUGGUCCUGAGCGCAAUUCAUUUAUUCGCGCCAUCACAAGUAUGCUUGCAGAGAAGGGACUCGGUAACCUAUUACCGCUGGAGUAUCCAUUAUCGCCACUGGAACACGUGUUUCCCGGUUCACUUAUCGUCGUGGGGGAAGAUGAGCCGAGCACAAUUGUUGCCUACACGCUCAGCUGCGAUGAUUACCUAGAAAAGUUGCAGGAAAUCCGAGAAGGAUAUGCCGAGGAAGUGAGUUUGUCCGAAGAUGGUGAAAAGUCUGCUACAGGCGCAGCAUCAAUGACAGAUGCUGGCGAAGCAUCCUCGACAACGUCUGGCAUGGCCUCUGGCGUGUUUAUUGAACGCACACUGCGUAGCAAGUCCGGUAUCCAUGUGAAAUACUAUUUUACGGAUGGCACCACAAAGUUUUUCUGCAAGAUAUUUUUUGCCGAACAAUUUGAUGCAUUGCGUCGAAAUUGCGGUUGCGAUGAAAGUUUUGUAUCGUCUUUGGCUAGUUGCUGCAAGUGGGACUCUUCGGGUGGCAAGUCAGGAUCAGUCUUUCUAAAGACAAAAGAUGAUCGGUUUUUGAUUAAACAGAUAUCAAAGUACGAAAUGGAUGCUUUUCUACGCUUUGCACCAUCUUAUUUCCAGUACAUGUCGGAAGCAUUUUUCCAUGAGUUACCCACGGUGCUUAGUAAAAUUUUUGGCUUAUACCGUAUUGGCUUCAAAAACACCACGACAGGAAGAUCUAUGCGAAUGGAUAUUCUUGUUAUGGAGAAUCUGUUUUAUCAGCGGGUGGUCAAAAAGAUUUUUGAUUUGAAAGGAUCCAUGCGGAAUCGGCACGUCCAAGUAACAGGGAAAGAAAAUGAAGUCCUCCUGGACGAGAAUAUGGUGGAGCUGAUGUUUCAAUCUCCUUUAUUUUUGCGAUCUCAUUCUAAGGAAAUGCUACGUGGCUCGCUACAUAACGAUACCCUAUUUCUUUCUCGACUCGAUGUCAUGGACUAUUCUUUGCUUGUUGGUGUUGAUGAAGAAAGGCAAGAACUCGUAGUUGGCAUUGUUGAUUUUAUCCGCACAUUUACGUGGGAUAAAAAACUGGAGAGCUGGGUCAAGGAGUCUGGUAUAUUGGGUGGUGGUGGUAAAGAACCUACCAUCAUCUCUCCAAGACAGUAUCGCCUGCGUUUCAGAGAGGCUAUGGACCGUUACUUUUUUACUGUUCCUGAUUUUUGGGCCACGAAACACAUGCGUAACCACUACGAUGUAAACCAUCAUGCACAUCACCAUCAUUCAACCAUGGAAAAUGCAGCAUAG